CACACUGACCAAGAUAAAGGAGAUGGGAAUUUAAAAUACAUAUUAACAGGAGAUGGAGCUGGCAGCGUAUUCGUUAUAGAUGAAAACACAGGGGAUAUUCAUGCAGCAAAAAGGCUGGACAGAGAAGAAAGGUCUCUGUAUGUGUUACGUGCCAAGGCUAUAGAUCGGAAUACCGGAAGACAGGUGGAACCAGAAUCGGAAUUUAUCAUUAAAAUCCAUGACAUCAAUGACAACGAGCCCAAAUUCACCAAGAACAUUUAUACAGCCAAUGUUCCCGAAAAGUCUGCCGUUGGUAUAAUCAAGACUGCUCUGCCAGACAUGAGCCGAGAAAACCGAGAACAGUACCAAGUGGUCAUCCAGGCCAAGGAUAUGGGGGGCCAGAUGGGAGGAUUAUCAGGAACUACCACCGUGAACAUCACCCUGACUGACGUCAAUGACAACCCGCCUCGAUUCCCUCAGAGCACAUAUCAGUUCAGCUCUCUAGAGUCUGCACCACUUGGGACUUCGCUUGGCAGAAUAAAAGCCAAUGACCCUGAUGUGGGCGAAAAUGCUGCAAUUGAGUACAACAUUGCUGCCGGCGAUGGAUCUGACAUGUUUGAUAUCAUCACUGACAAGGACACACAAGAAGGGAUUUUAACAGUCAAAAAGCAAUUAGACUUUGAAAAGAAGAAUCAAUAUAACCUAAAAGUAGAAGCAACUAACAUUCAUCCUGACCCACGAUUUUUCUACUUGGGACCAUUCAGAGAUUCAGCUUUGGUCAAAGUUUACGUGGAAGAUGUAGACGAGCCACCUGUUUUUAAUUUACCAUCUCAUUUAAUAGAAGUUGAUGAAGAUGUCAGAGAAGGCAGCAUCAUUGGGCAAGUGAUAGCCCAGGAUCCAGAUGCAACGAAGAACCUAAUCAAAUAUUCUUUGGAUCGCCACACUGAUUUUGACAGAAUAUUCAACAUCUACUCAGGAAACGGUUCCAUAUUUGUUUCUAAGACCCUUGAUCGAGAAGCGGCCCCAUGGCAUAACCUCACUGUUGUUGCAACUGAAAUUAGCAAUCCAAAGCAAAGUACUCAGACUCCCAUCUUCAUUCGGAUUUUGGAUAUAAACGAUCAUGCCCCAGAGUUUGCCAAAUUAUAUGAAACUUUUGUUUGUGAGAAUGCAAAGGCAGGACAGCUGAUACAAACUGUUAGUGCUGUGGAUAAAGAUGAACCACCACGUGGACACAAAUUUUUUUUUGAACUGGUGCCAGAAUACACAGUCCAUCCAAACUUCUCUAUUGUGGAUAACAAAGAUAACACAGCAGGCGUGGUAACCAGGCGGAAUGGAUACAGCCGCAGUAAAAUGAGCAGCUACCUCCUGCCAGUAAUAAUAUUUGACAAUGACUACCCCAUCCAGAGUAGUACGGGCACACUGAGCAUCCGAGUGUGUGCCUGUGACAGCAGGGGAAACAUGCAGUCUUGUAAUGCUGAAGCUUUGCUCCUUCCGGCCGGCCUCAGCACAGGAGCCCUCAUUGCCAUUCUGCUCUGCAUUAUGAUUCUGUUGAUUUUGGUUGUGCUGUUUGCUGCAAUGAAGCGCCAGCGGAAAAAAGAGCCCUUGAUCAUUUCAAAAGAUGAUGUCCGAGACAACGUUGUCACCUAUAACGAUGAAGGAGGUGGGGAGGAAGAUACCCAAGCCUUUGACAUUGGCACGCUAAGGAACCCUGAAGCCAGAGAGGAAAGCAAAAUGAGAAGAGAUGUGAUGCCAGAAACUAUUUUCCAGAUAAGGAGGACAGCAUCUCUGUGGGAAAACAUUGAUAUUCAAGAUUUUAUCCAUCGAAGACUAAAGGAAAAUGACUUGGAUCCAACCGCGCCUCCUUAUGACUCUUUGGCAACGUAUGCCUACGAAGGGAAUGAUUCUCUGGCAAAUUCACUUAGUUCUUUGGAGUCGCUUACUGCCGAUGGUGGAAAUCAAGACUAUGACUAUCUGAGUGACUGGGGGCCACGGUUUAAAAAAUUAGCAGAUAUGUAUGGUGGAGAUGAGAGUGACCAGGACUAA